AUGCCCAACGAGUUGGACCCCGUGCGGGAGGUCGUCUUCGGCGCCGUCGCCGGCAUGGUGGGGAAGCUCGUCGAGCACCCGUUUGACACCAUCAAAGUCAGAGUACAGACGGCGGGCGAUGCUCUGACGUGGUCGAUGAUCACCGAUACCUGGCGCAAUGAGGGCAUCGUCCACGGGUUCUACCUGGGGAUCAGGGCGCCCAUCGUCGGCGCCUGUCUUGAGAAUGCCAUUUUGUUUCUGAGCUAUAACGCCGCCGAGGUGUUUUUGGACAAGUUUGUUGUCAAGAGAGAGCUUGAACUGCAGCCGAUGCCGUUCUGGACCAAGAUUGCGCUGGGGGCGUUCGCCGGGUUCCUGGCGCUGUUUGUGCUCACACCGGUGGAGCUCGUGAAGUGCCAGUUGCAAGUGCUCAAUUUGACCGGGAAGCGUGAGGGCUACGGGCUGUUGAUCGGGUCAAUCGUCCGCCAAAAUGGCAUCCAGGGCCUCUGGCACGGUCUUCUGUCCACCAUCACUCGAGAAGUAAUUGGAACGGCUAUCUGGUUCGGGAGUUACGAAUACUGUACUGCUAAGCUCCAGGAGAGGCAAGUGAGUCCGCUGACGGCGUCGCUCAUCAGUGGUGGUGUUGCCGGUGCGUUAUUUAACAGUCUGGUGUUCCCCGUGGACACGAUCAAGCUGAACAUCCAGACGUACGAGGUGCUCCACGGCCAGCGGGUAGGUGCCGCUUUCGUGGCCCGUAAGCUCGCUCAGCGAGGCAUUGGCGCCUUCUACCAGGGGCUCGGGAUCACAUUGGUGCGGGCCGUCCCCGCCAACGCCCUCAUCUUCUACACGUACGAGUUGCUCAAGCGACACUUUGGCCCCCUGGUGCUGGGGAAGCCGUCGGCGUUGGACAUCUAG